GAAUGUAAACUGUUGUUCGUUCAGUGAAAUAGUGCAUCUCUUGUGCUGGUGGAGCAUGUGGAUGCUGACUGUAUCACGCGUCGGCUUCGUAGGUGGUUGUGCUGCGUCGGAGCAAGUUGCAAGGCAGUGUGUGUAGUCGAACUUUGCGGAGAGGAUCUUCGUGUAUUUGGUUUUUGGUGAGGUAUAUGGUGGGAUCGGCGGAGAGAAGUUGCGUGGCGUUCAUCAGUGGAUAUUUGGUUGUAAUUCUCGUGGGAUAUUAAGCGGUUUGGACUGGAGGUGUGGGAGCUUGUAGCGAGAGCGGCAGUGGUUUUAGUCCUACAGAAAAAGAUUUUUUGUUGUUGAUGGCGGCCCUUAGGGUAGAGAUUUUGGCUGGCGCAGGCAGUUCGUCGCAUGGUCCGUCUUUAGUGAGCAAGAGGGGAUUUCUUGUGAAGAAUGCGUGCGUUGGCAAGAAUACUGCUGUUGUUCAGAGGAACUUGUCGAGGAUCGGGAAGAGUCAAGCGGUUUCGAAGAAGACUUCUGUACGCGUCAACUGCCGUGGAAGCAAUUUGCCCUCUGAAAAUGAUGACGCGAAUGUGCCCGAGAGUGUUGAACUUUUGAAUAUUGUGCUGAACUCAUCGGAUUCUGACCUGCCAGCUGUGUCAAAUGUACCGUACAAGAGUAGAAACGAGUCUACCACUCGUCCACCGAAAUUUUCCACUCUUCGAAAUUUUGGUGAAGGAGGAGCCGCCGUUAUGAGUGGACUCGAAGGCUCCGUAUUAGAGCUUCUCGCUGCGAAUGUUCAGGCAACUGCUGACCUUAAGAGAUUUGAGACUCUCUCAGGUCGAAUGGCUAUGAUGGCUUUUUUUGUUGCCAUUGGAAUCGAGGUUGUGACUGGAAACAGUGUAUUCAAGGGAAUUGAUAUUAAAGAUUUAGGAGAAUUCGCGGCUCUUUCGGGUGUAGCUACGCUCACCGCAGCUGGAUUCGCCUUUGCCUGGCGAGCAAGAACUGACGUCGCUUCCACUCUCUCCAAGGGUGCCCUUAAACUUGUUGACACUGCAGUUGACAACAUGAUUGACGGUCUUUUCUUCGAGGAGGACGAAUAUAAGAAGUAGACGGAACCGUGUAUGGAAGCAUGAACUGUGCACCAGUUGUGAAAGUUGUACUCUUUCCAACUCAUGCUUACUAUCUCGGUGGUACCGUUGUAUAUAUACUAGGAGUUCUAGGAUAACGCAAUUCGAUACGCUUGGCUCUAAUUGAGCCUUUGUACAGAACAGAACUAUACUUUAAGUCAUAGAACUAUACUCUUGAUUUCAUUGCUAUUGAAAUUCCUUUCAUGUUUUGAUUAAUUUUUGUUAAUCAAAACAUGGAUUAUACCAUAGGAUAGUGCUGCAGCUUUAGACAUGUCAUAUGUGCCUCCAUCAGAUUUACAGCAAAGCAAACAAGUUUCGAAUUAAGAAUGGGAAAGCAUAUAACCUAUGCAAUUGUAAUAUACAUUCUUUGUUAUGAACAGUGGUUUCAGCGGUUUGACACCUAUUUCAGUGA